UCAGAUCUCUCUCUUUUGACAAAAUGCGAAGAACUUUCUCCUAACGUGCCACUCGUCUCUCUCUUUCUCGUGCCGACAAAACGCAAAGAACUUUCAUAUAAGCGCUUUUCCAAACGCGCUUUUUUCUCAAAUCGAUUCUCACGGAAGUUCUCCAAUGUUGCUUUUUCCCCAAAUCGUUCAAUCGCUCGACCCUAAAAUUGUUCAAUCGCUCAACCUCAAAAUCGUUCAAAUCGCGUAAACCUCAAAAUUGCUCGUCCUUAUUUCAAUCUCAACUCUUUUAGCUUCAACCUAAAUCACUUGAAUCGUAUCAAUUGCUCAAACCUUAACAAUCAGAUCUGAAUUGUUUCAACAUCAAAAUCAAUCAUUUGAAUUGCUCAAUCAUCAAAUCUUUUGUGUGAGCUCUGUUUAUCAUAUCAUGUUAUAGGAGUUGUAGUUAAAAUAAUUCAAUUUGAUGUUUUUCAUGCCUUUAAGGUCGAAGACAUCGCCAUUAUAUGCGCCUCGCCGUCACCGACACAAAUCAGGUACUAUAAACUUUUAAAACUAGUUUAAACGUAUUUUUGAAUGUUUAUCUGACUAUUGAUUUCAUCUAAAAUUUGUUGUUUUUGUCACUAAUUUAUACUUGUUAUUGAAUUUGAGUUCAUGGUUAUGCGUUAGUUUUGUCAUGCUGAGGAAGACCGUUGUUAUUUUUCUAGUUGUGUAUUCAUUUAUUGUUGGUAAUUACUUGCAUUCACCAAUUUCGGUUUCCAAUUGCAUGUGUAUUUACUAAGGAAAUGGCUGUUGCUGCUUUCACUAUCAAUGUAGUUGAUGACCCCUGCACUUUGAGUAAAGUGUUGUACUUGAGACCCCUUGGAAAUGUUUAUGAGUGGAAUCUAGAUUUUGUAUAUUUACGUAAAGUUACGUAGCAGUAAAUUCAUUUCAACAUUACCUAUAUACUAAUGGAAUCUAGAUUUUGUUACUUCUGAGGAGUAUUUCUAAAGUUACAUUUUCUCCUUCCGCGGAAGCAAAGAUCCAUUCACGACGGAGACAAAUCCAAUGCAAUUCUCCAUUCAUAGUUUCAACUCAACUCAACUUACAAUACCUACAACUAUCUAGUAAAUCAAUUUUAUUCUAAAUAUGGUUUGGAGUUUGACAAGUCUUGGUUUUUGGUAUUGUUCUUUCUAUUAUACAGGCAAUUGGCACAAUCAACAUGGCUAUUGAGUUAAUCCAAAAGUUGGGCAUUUUUUCCAUUGGAGAGCCACAAAAGUUUUCAAAAGAUGGUUACGAAGAACUGAUGCAAGUGAGUGUCAUCUUGCUCAUGAUAUGCUUUCAAUACUUCUUUAUUCGCUGAUUUAAAUUCUUUUAUACAUAGUUUCUUUUCUCUUUUUUGAGUUAAUAGUGAUUAACCCUUGUAUGACAUAUUUGGACUGUCACCUGAUGGUUACGAAUCCUUUUGAUUAUGUUGAACCUUUGGGUGACUGGUUACAAGACAAGUUUCUAUGGCCCUAUUAAUGCAUAUGCAGGGUAUGCAAGAAUGAAGGAAUCCCAUUUCGUGAAGUUGCUCCAUCAUGGUUAGAACAUGAAAUCUGGGAGGAAGCAUUCAUCACAAGUAGCUUGAGGAUUUUGCAACAUGUAGAGAGUAUUCAGGUUCCAACAGAAUGGCAAUCUGCCCAUUCUAAAACAUGGAAGGAUAUAUCAUGGACAAAAAAGCAAUUUCAGGGUGGACCUGGAAUGAUCACGAAUUUAAUCCAGGAAAAAGUUAUGGAGAAAGCAAUUUUGGAAGGGUACCCAAUGAGAAACAUAUGUACAAGGUUGCUGAAAGAUUUGUUGCUGCUAUUGAUGAAUCCGCAAAACCACCAUUUCAAAUGGGAUUCUUUAUUGAUUACAAUAUUGAUGAUAUACUAAGACAGGCAACUGAAUCUACUCUUAGGUAUCAAAGAGGGGAACCAAUCUCAGUGCUAGACGGAGUACCUGUUGCAAUAAAGGACGAGAUAGAUUGUUUACCGUAUCCAACAACAGGUACGAAGUGGAUGCAUAAGGAAAGGCCUUGUAAAGACGAUGCAUGUUGUGUUAAGCGCUUAAGGCAAUGCGGUGCUAUACUUGUUGGGAAAUCCAAUAUGCACGAACUUGGGUCUGGAACUAGUGGGAUAAACCCACACUAUGGGAAAAUCUUGGUUGCAUUCGUAAGACUCUCGCUGACUUCACCAGCUUGAAUCACUGAGUAGUUAAUGUACUACUUCUGUCGGGUGGACUCCAUCAAUGCUUUCGAGCCUGAUGGUUACAAAUCCUCUUGAUUAUGUUGAAUCUUUGGGAAAAGCUUGUGCUUCUGGGUUUACACUAAAUAAAGCUGGUGCUUCUGGUACUUCGAGUGGACCGUUUCCCGUGGGUUUACACUAAAUAAAGCUGGUGCUUAUGUUGAAUCCUCUUGAAUAUUUUACUUGGUCAUUGAUUAGAUUCAUACAAAAUAGGGGUCUUUAUAGUUAUACUUAUUCAAACAAAAAAAUAAGAAAAUGUAGUUGAAAUUCUUUGUUACUAUAUUGAAAUAUUUGAAUUUAAUUGAAAUUGAUAUAAUAGUUUAAUUUUAA